AUGUCCACCCCGUCGACCAACGUCCCCGUCACCCUCGGCCUCAUGACCUGGGGCCGCGAGGGCGAGGAGAUGGCUCGCGUCCACGACCUCGCCGACUGCGAGCGCAUGCUCGACCUCUUCCUCCGCCACGGCCACCGCGAGGUCGACUCGGCCCUCAUCUACGGCGCAGGCUCGUCCGAGCAGUACCUCGGCAACAUCGACUGGAAGAACAAGGGCGUCGUCGUCGACACCAAACUCGCCCCGGGUCAGUACGCCGGCCGCGACGUCAAGUUUACGCUCGACAGCAUGCGCAAGUACAUCGACAUCCAGCUCGCAGCCAUCAAGGCCGACUCGUUCGACCUGUGGUACCUGCACAUGCCCGAUGCCUCGACCCCGCUCGACGAGACGCUCGCUGCCGUCGACGUCCUAUACAAGGAGGGCAAGUUCAAGCGCUUCGGCGUGUCCAACUACUCGGCGCAGCAGGUCGACGAGUUCGUCCGCAUCGCCGACGACAAGGGCUACGUCAAGCCGACUGCGUACCAGGGCAUCUACAACGCCCUGCACCGCACGGUCGAGAAGGAGCUGUUCCCGGUCCUGCGCAAGCACGGCAUCUCGUUCUACGAGUUCAACCCUCUCGGCGGCGGCAUCUUCACGGGCCAGCUCAAGCGCGACGACGAGGUCGAAAAGGGCUCGCGCUUCGACCCCAACACGGCCCAGGGCAAGAAUUACCGCACGCGCUACUGGCGAGAGGAGUACUUUCAAGCGCUCGACCUCAUCGAGCCCGUUGCCAAGGCGCACAGCUUGACCCUCGCCGAGAUCGCCCUGCGGUGGGUCUCGCACCACUCGCUCCUCGCGCGCGACAAGGGCGACAACAUCCUCAUCGGUGCCUCGUCGGUCAAGCACCUCGAGGCCAACCUCGUCGACCUCGAGAAGGGCCCGCUGCCGCAAGAAGUCCUCGACACGCUCGACAAGGCGUGGGACCUCGUCAAGGACGUCGCGUCGCCGUACCACCGCUAG